GAACCGAGCGGUCGUAUCUCGCGCGUAACGCGUAGAUACACACAUCCCAUAGAUACUAUUUUCUUAGCUCUCGUAGGUGGUGUGCGCGGCGCGCUGGCGCUGCAAACAAGAAAGAAAUUUGUGUAUUGCAGCAGAAGUUUCCGCUGUGUGUGUAUCGCUCUGUGCUCGGCCCGUCCCGUCCGUGAGAGCGCGUCGUCGGUCGAAAGAAAAUUCAAUAAAACAAAGAGAAACGACUAUUCAGUGAAAAUCGGGUGCAAAUCAAAUUGCCUUGCAACGCCAAACGAAUCCGAGAACGCGGAGUUCAAGGUUUUUCCCAGCCAGACCAAGCCACGCCAGAACGAAGUUCAAUUGGAAAAGAAAACACAGCCAGAAAACUGCAAAAACUACUGUGUGGUGUGCAGAAUUUUGUAUACCUUGAAAAAAACACGAAGUCUGUCAGUGGUGCUAGUGUGUGUGUGUCGCGUUGCGUGUUCCCCGAGUGGUUUUCCAGCAAACAACAAACAACUUUAUCUCCUUCAAUUCGUUCAAUUAAUAAAUGUGCAAAAGAAACCGAACUUUGUCUAGCUGUGGAAAAAAAACCUAAACCCCAAUUACUCAGUUUGCUGCUCUCCAUUUAAUUCGAUUGACACAGAGGCAGGCGGGCAGGCAGAGAGCAGGCGGCGUCGGCGGCGACGGCCCCCAGCGGCAGACGUAAUCUAGCCAGUGCAAACGGUGGUGGAGCUUCGCAUGCUAGCCCCAACAAAAAUGUCUUCUCAGCAGCAGCAGCAGCAGCAGCAGCGGCAGAAGCAGCAGCAGUAGCAGCAACUUUAGCUCAGCUCUCGACUGCUUUUGCGCAGUUCAGCGCACGGCGAGAAUUUUGCCAUCGGUUUCGUUUCGGUCUCUCUGUGUGUUUGGAAACACCUUGCUCCAAUAUUGUGUGGCCUCCCCUGCUGCACGACCACGAGCCACGACCCACGAGCUGCUGGCAGUCACAGUUCCAGACUCACUCGCAGUCUCAGUCUCAGUUUCGGUUCGUGCGCGCUUGCGAUUCUUCUGGCUGCUGGCCUGCAGCGGAAAAUUCGUCUAAAAAUCACACCAACAAUACAGCCAGAUACAGAUACAAAAACUCCAAACUUCCCAGCAAGAGCAGAGCCAACGGAACCGAAGAGGGAAUUUUGUAAUUUUUCCAAUGCUGGUUGGCUACGAUUCGCACGCGAUUCCCUUAGUCUUGGACUUGAACGUGGACGUUGCUGCAUUUUCAUCAUCAUCAUCAAGGAGCAGCAGAAGCAGCAGCAGCAGCAAUAAGAACGAGUAUAACCAGGAGAACGAGAAGAGGAGCUUCAACAUUGUCGCCGUGUCGUUGUCGACGUCGCUGCAGCCUCGCAGCAGCCCAUUGGAGUCGCCAUGGACUACAACUACAACUAUAGCAGCAACAGCAGCAGAAGCUACAACAGCAACAACGACGAAAACAACAUAGAACAGGAUACGGCGCACCAGGAGCAUCAGCAGCAUCAGCAUCAUCAUCGGCAACAAAUGCAUGCAGCAGACAGGAUAGCGGCGGGCACCAGCUCUAGUUCUGGCCUCAGCGGGAACACGUCCACAUCCACAUCCAAGACGAGAGCAGGAACAACGUCGUUAAUCUAUUUACCGCCUUUCUGCUAUCCAUGUAAGCAUGUGCCUGCGGCCGGCAGUCAGAGCCAGAGUCGGGGCCAGACCCAGACCUAUACCCAUACCCAUAGCCAUAGCCAGACGAGCCAGAGCGAUAGCAGGAGAAGCUGCCACGGCAGCUGCUGUUGUCAGCAUUACUGGGAACAUAAAAAUUAUGAUAAACAUGCUUCAGCGUCGACUUUGACACCAUCUACAGCCACGGACACAGCCACAGCCACAACUACGGCCAGAACCACAGCAACGGGAACAGCAACGGCAACAAUGUCCUCCUACUCUGCCCCAUCGCCGACCAGAGCCGGAAAAUUCCUGCAAAAGCAGCAGCAGCAGCAGCAGCAGGAGCAGGAGCAGGAGCAUGGUUGCACCGAUCUCAGACAGACGCUGCAAUUAGUUGUGCCAACUGUUGUGGGUGGCAGCAGAGCACUGGAAUGUGGCAAGCACAGGCAUCAGAAACCCGCGGCGGCGGGCCAGCGAUGCUGGCGACGUGACCGAAUGCGACGCGAAAGACCAAGUCAUGCGUCUGCAGCCACACUGGCCAAGGUAAAUCCAAUCAGCAGUGGUGGUGCAGCAGCUGAAGCAGCAGCAGCAGCAAAAGCAACAACAUUGAGAGAAUACAAUUCGCAAGCAACGACAAGAAGAGAGAAGGUGGCCACGGUGGCAUGGGGCACAACUGGCGCAGAGCUGCCGCAUGAUGAAGACGCCACAGCUACUGCUACUCCUGCUGAUGAUGCAGAGGAGGAGCCGACUAAGGAGGAGAAUGACUAUGAGUAUGAUGAAUGUAGGUGCUUUAACUAUAACGGUGAUAUUAGUCUGGAGCGAGAAAAGGAACAACAACAACAGCGGCAGCAGCAGCAGCAGCAAAAUAGAGAGCCCCAGCAACUUGCCCGCAGCAGCAACAGCAGCAGCAUUACGUGGCUGAUAUUCCUGUGGCAGCAGCUGCUCCUGCAAGGCGAUGGAAACAAAGCCUCAUCCGGGGACUCCCACUCCCACUCCCACACCCACACCCUCACCCACUCCAAGUGCGCCGCCAGGACAACGACGAGGAGCAACAGCAUGACGUCAACAAAAAGUUGGCUUGGCCCGCUGCUAAUGCUGGUGCUGGCCACGUCCGUCAGUGGCUGGGGCGGCCGACAAGAUGCUCCCACAAAUUGCACAUUUCCGGCUCGAUGGGAGGGCUCCUGGUUCCUGUCCGGCUAUCAGCAGUCCAUACACAUCAAGGGAUCGCAGUUCAGCUAUCGCGGCAGGUGUGCGGCCUCCGAUGGUAACAAAUAUCUGAUUGUCGAUGAGAAAGGAUGUCAUCGUUGCCUGGUAAUCUAUGAGAAGCAUACGAAUGUGCUCCAGUAUAAAGAAAACUUUUGCAAGGGCCGUGAGACUUUACAGAAUCUCUGCGACCAAAUUCCGGGCGAUGCCCUGCUCUACUCCCUCUUCCGGGAGAGCGCCGAGCCGGUCAAGUGUCCGCUCAAGGGACCCUUCAUAUUCACAUACAACCGGGGCCAUGGGGAGUGCAAGUCGCCAGUGUCCAACAUUGAGAGCUGCACGGAGGAGAGUCGCCUCCUGCUGAGCUUCCAGGCCUGUCCCGAUGUGCAGGGGACCGAGAGUACAGUUGAGGAGCUGACGUGUCUGGCGACCUGGAAGGAUGGCAACUCACGCUAUUUGGUUGGUCUGGUCUCGCACCAUCAUGCCAUCUCGAACGAGGAACGAUAUCGCUGCUUUGUCUAUGAGAAAAUCUCCUCGCUGAUGGGCGGUCCCAGCAUGCUCAGCUCAAAGGAUGCCGAGUAUAAGCUGGCACAAUCCGGCGACGCCACUUGCAAUGGCUUAGACAGUGCCGAGGUUGGCUCCCGCAUCAUGUCCCUGCGAAAACCGCCGGUGGCGGAGCGCUGUGACUUCCCAGCCUGGUUCAAGGGUCCCCGUCAUUGGCAUGCACUUAUGGGCUACGCCGUCUACAAUUAUCACCCCAAUGAUGGGUCUGUGCACAUUAUUAAGCCCAACGGCUACAUGGAGACACGUGCGCUCUGCGAACAGAUAAAUAAACAGACUUCAACCGAAAUGAUGGCCGUGGUGCACUACACGACCGGGUGUCAGUCGGGAUUCAUGUGCAUGAUGUUCUACCGCCGGGACACGCACGUCAUUGAAAUACAGACGGGCAAACCGGCCAUUCGCCUGGAGGACGCCUGUGCCCCGGAUCACUUUGAUAUUAAUAAGAUGGCCUACAUUACCUUGCUGGCAAGCAAUCCGGAACCGGCGAUUUGCCCAAUGGAGGGACUGUACAACCUGCGCGGUGCCAUCGGACCGCCGUAUUUGGCCACGCGCCACAAGCGCAAUCACAACGGCAAAUCGCACCUGGGACACGGACAUCAUCACCACGAGAGCGCUGACUCGGGAACUUUUGGUCAUAAAGGACACAGCACGCUCAGCUUUCGGAAUGCUGAGCGCAUGGAGCGUGGCUCAUGGCAUGCCAAUACCCGCGGUCUUCCCGUACGCAGUCGACGCAGUGCGCCCCAGGAUGUGCAGCCGCAACAGCACGAGAAGCUGCAGCAGGCGCUAGUAUUGAGCAACGUUAACAGCAGCGAUACGAGUGUGGGAUUUGUGGCCACGCGGAAUCGGCGCGAUGUCCCGGGAUGUGUGCCCAACUACAAUGCCCAGCGCCAGCUUUGGGUAGGAUGCAGUAAACCGAACUCGAUCGACGUCAGUCCGCUGUGCAGUGUGGAGGGUGAAGAGGAGUACUCCUGUCACGGCUCCUGGAGCGAGAAUAGUACAUUCUUCAUCAUAGCACGCCACAAGGGCACCAAGCACGGCGUCUGUUUGACCUAUCGGCCAACGGAGGGCACCUCAGCCAAGCUGGUUGUAGGCGAUGCCUGCUACCGAGGCACACAGAAGCCACCUGAUCACCAUUUGGUGGCCAAUCUGUCAGUCUUUGGCAAAUGCGGCGAAACGGGCUCGAGUGCAGGUGAGGCUCAGCUGGGCAACUGGCUCCUGCUGCUCACAAUGGCCACGCUCCAAUGUCUCUACCUGCGCAGCUGAGUUGCAAGCGUUGGCAACAACAUAAUAAGCACAUAAGCAUUACAAGCCAAAGCGCUGCGUAUGCAUUAACUAAAAACCCCCAAAAACCAAAUCCCAUUAUGAUCGACAUGUAUACAAGACACAUUUAAGACUUAUUGUAUAUUUCAUGUAGUAUGUGUAAGGCGUAAACGAACCACUCCCAGACUCCCAGGCUGGUUUGGCUGUAAAUAUUUGUAUUUGUUUUUUUUUGCUUUACUGAUGAACACACACUUUUGUUUAGUUUUAAGUGCUUAAAAUAAACAAGAAUUCGAUAUAGUAAGGGGCACACAUACCCACAAUAUGAAAACGGAAAAUGGUUUGCAAUAAAGCCUUAGAUCAGCGAUAUUUGUAUUAGGGCUAGUAAAACGCGUCUAUUACUAAGAGUAGCGCAAGGUUCAUAUAACUAAUAAUGCAAGUAUGUAGCAAAAGCUAUUUAUUUAUUGUACGAUUAUCCAUUAAGCAGAGCAAAGACACAGCAUAGAGAACGAGAACGAAUCACAGAAAUGACGUCAGACAUCAGAACUAAACGAAUACAAGCUAAAAGCUUUUUCGUUCUGUUUUCUUUUUAGCCAUCUCGUAGUGUGUUUUGUGGCACUUACAUAUUUUUAUAUAUAAUUUCCGUAAUGUUUCCUACAAAAAAAGUACAUACAAAUCACAGAACGAAUGCAACAUUUUAAACUAUAUACGGAAAAUAUGAAAUGCAUUCAAAGGAAAUACAAAAACUGUUUUCGUGAAAUGUACAAAGCAAGAAUGGAUGGGAUGGGAUGUUGGCUCAUUCGAGAUAGGUGUUGUGCUGCUGUGGCUGUGGUGGCAGUAGCAUACAUAUACAAUAUAUUUUUAUGUACAAAUGACGCAAAAUCGUACAUACAUACCAUAUGAGUAUAUAUAAUGAAUAACGUUUUGCAUAGGAUCGCAUUGGUUUCAUAACAUAAUUAAUACCUUGCAAAGUACGCAUAUAUUGUAUGAUUCAUUAUAAUAGUACUACUAUACAUAUACAUAUAUACUGGAAUACAUACAUACAUACAUAAUAGGCAUAUAAGAACUGUGAGGAAUUCGAGCAACUUUGAUAAGUAGAGGCACACACCACUUUCAUAAUCAAUCAACUAACUUUGUAAGACACAAAACACAACUGACAACUCUACCAAACAGAACAAAGACAGACAAGUGAAUCAGCAGCUAGGGAUGCUAAAAUAAUUAGAGUGUUUAAGACAAUUAAGCGGUGAUAUAGGUCUAGAAUAAACAACUGUGCAAAUCUCUUAUGAAAGCACAAGAACAGAAGCAUGCAGCAGCAACGGAAACAACAGCUACUAAAGCGAACGUGUGGAGGAGGAAUUUAUGAUGAUGAACUGUAUCCAAAGGAUUUCAAAAACUAGCAUUUUUUCUUUUCAAGUAGUAGUACACAGAAGCAAACAUUUGCCCAAAAUUCCGAAACCUAAGCGAACGAGUAAGCGCGUAAACAAUUAACGAGUAAGGAGAACUUAAGCAGAGCAGAGCAGAGAAAUAGAGGAGAGACCCUUCAAGGCAACUAGUCAAAAUUUACGAAGCGUAACUUUGAGUUCCAUGUAAAUAGCGAAUGUUAUGCGAAUUGAGAAUUGAGCAACGGUGCGCGGUGUACGAGUAUGUAUACAUAUGUAUGUACAUAUGUAACUAAAAAUGCUAGUUAGCUAAAAGGAUUGUGGCAAGCGAUCAGAAACACUCGGUAGACAGCGAGCAUGCCCUGGGCGCUAGGACAUUAACCGGCAGGGCAGGCACAGUGGGGGCGUACAGAACAUAAGAGUUACUUUCUAAGCACUAUAUGUAUACAUUCAACAAACAUCUAUAUAAAAU